AGUUUGUCUAGCUUCAAUUUUAUUUAACACAGACCGACUAAAAUUAUUUGUUACAAAAUGAGCGAAAGUACCGACUCCAACGCGACCGAGUCUGUUGUAUCAGAGACAAAGACGGACGCCGCCCCUACUCCAUGGCCGUAUACGAGCGACGACUCUUUGGAAAAUGUCCAAGUGACUGAGGAUUCCAAUGGAGAGCUGCAAAUGAGUGAGCUUGAUGAAGAUGUCCAGAAGAUGAUUACAGAGUGUUGUUCGCCUCCAACGGAUAACCAACAGCUUCAGCUCCGGCCUCGCACUUUGAGCGAAAUGGGUCUUACCAUCGAAGGCAGACGAAUCGAAUGCACAUUUGGAUUGGAUCCCAAGAUUUUGGCCGACGGAAUAACCAAGAUGGUGGCAGAACGUGACUGCACCGACGCCCUAGUCGAAAUUGAGGGCCAUUGCUUUGAAUGUCAUCUAUGUGUGCUGCAAGUGUUUACGGAAUACUUCAAACGCUUCAAAAGUGGCGACAUCAUCAAAAUAGAGGAAGCUGAAGUGACCGCCCAGGGGUUUAAGAACGUCUAUGAAUGGAUGAUACACGAAGGCAGCACCCCACAACGCGAUGGUCUGAUUGAAAUGUAUUUGGCCGCUCGGUUCCUGGAAAUGCCCGAUUUACUGAAGCAGAUCUGGAGUCUCUUCGAUGAUGCCGAUCUUGUUAGCGAGGCUUUGGCCUUCCAAUUCUUCCUAGAGGCACUGCCAUAUAACACCCCAAUGCUGCAGGCACUGCUAAUCACACGCAUCGGUCGCUUCUUCUUGUGCGCGGUGGCCAGCAUGGAUUUCUUGGACCUGCCGGCGGAGGCGCUCUACGAACUGCUGAAUCACAAUAACGUCUGCGUAAAUUCUGAAAUGGAAAUUCUACUAAGCGCUCUGCGUUGGCUCCUGCACGACUGGCCCAAUCGUAAAGAGCAUGGUGUGCGAAUAUUGAGUGCCGUGCGUUUCAAUCUAAUGCCUCCUUGGUACAUUAGCUCGCUGAAGUCAACCAACCAGCCCAAGGAGUUACAGGAACUGCUCGCAGCACCAGAACUGACCAAAAGUCUAAAUCUGGGUCUUUCUUAUGCGGUGACUCAGCACUACAUCAGCGGUGAUUCCCCCCUGCAGGAUCCGCUCUCCAUGCACAAUGCUCAGCAACGUCAAUGGGUCAUCGACGAGAACGUGGCUCAUCAUCACCGAUACGAGUGCGCCAACUGGGAGUAUCCUAGUUUUCCCGUCUUCAACAAAUAUCUAUUGUACAUAAUUGAAAAAGGGUCGAAGUACUGGCAAACGCUUAAAUAUGAUCAGCAGGACAACAUGCUGCCCUGCUGCAAGGAGGGAGCAGCUAAGCGUGCUGCUGCCACUGAAUAAACAAUUUUACAAAGUCUGUUGCACAAAAUAUUAAACCAUUAAAAGUGUAUGCAGAGAAAUGUGAUGAAAAUUGUGUCUAAAAUGAACUUUAAACAUAUGUAAUUUAAUUCUAAUCAGACUGCAGUUGUAAUUGGCCCAUUUCAAAAAACGAUUUAUUGCUUUUAUCUUAGUAUUAACACAGUAUACUUGGCUAACAAGAAUAGCUAAUUCCUACUCCUUCAAGGUUAAUAUUCUUUUCCACAUUUUUAGUAAGUUUAAAUUUGAAUAAAGAAUCAAAAAUACAAACCGCAUUCCAUGCGGAGUAA